AUGGUGGAGGCCGCGGCCGAGGUGCCGCCCGGCACCUUCCCCAGCUUCGUGGCCGAGGGGACCCUGCUGGUCCGGCGGGGCGAGCACGACAAGGCGCUGCCCUGCUUCACCAACGCACUGCUGCUGCGGCCCGGUGACAGGCAGUGCCUCGUUGCUCGCUCAAAGUGUUACCUUAAACUUGGAGACACGGAGAAUUCCCUGAAGGACGCGGAAGCCUCUCUGCAAAAUGACAAAACGUUCUCCAAGGGACUUUACCAAAAAGCCGAGACCCUCUACACCAUGGGUGACUUUGAAUUUGCACUCGUGUUUUAUCACCGAGGCUACAGACUUCGUCCAGAACUACAGAAAUUCAGACUGGGUAUCCAGAAGUGCCAGGAGGCCAUUGUGAACUGCAUCGGAAGUCCUUCCUCAGUUAAAUUGGAGAAUAAUGAGGACAUCUGCUUUUUAAGCAGGCAGGCAGAGAGCAGAAAAGCACAACAGAAACUCCAAAUCAAACUGACCAAGGAUCAGAAGCGGGCGAGCAAACAGGAGCGUGUGAGGAAACCACAAACAGAGCGACAGCUUCUUGGAGAGCUUUAUGCUGACAAGGCCUUCCUAGAAAAGCUGCUCAAGGAUGAAGACUUGAUGAAGAGCAGCACAAAGCAGGGGAUCAAAGUAAAGGACCUGGUCUCGGGUGGCAUCACCUACCUGAACACACGCACCGAAUUCUGGCAGCAGCAGAAACCUAUUUAUGCCCGGGUGAGGGAGCGCAAGCUCAGGCAGCAAAGGUGGAUCCGAGACAAGAAGCGAAAACCCGAUGAAGUUGCCAGAUAUAUUGCAAAGAGCAUGGAAGACAUUGAUAUGUUGCUGGCCGGCGGCUCCCCAGAGGAAAGCUUGAAGAAAGCUGAGCACGUGCUGAAGACGAUACAAGGGUGGUCCGACGAGGAGGUGCCCAACAAGAACGAGCUGGUUGGAAACCUCCACAACUGCAUGGGGAACGCUCAGAUGGAGAUGGGCCACAUGGAUGCAGCUCUGCAAAGCCACCAAACAGAUCUGGAGCUUGCCAGGCAGAACAAUUUGCCAGAUGCCAUAUCCAGAGCCCUCGAUAACAUCGGCAGAGUUUAUGCCAGAAUCGGCAAAUUCCAGCAAGCUAUCGACACUUGGGAGGAGAAGAUUCCAAUGGCAAAGUCCAGCCUGGAGAAGACCUGGCUGUUCCAUGAAAUUGGCCGAUGUUACCUUGAACUGAACCAAGCCGAAGAAGCCCGGAGUUACGGAGAGAAGUCCUGGCAGUCGGCGGAUGAGGAGGGAGAUGUCGAGUGGCAGCUCAAUGCGAGUGUGCUGGUGGCACAAGCACAAGUAAAAUUAAAGGAUUACCAGGCUGCAAUCAUCAACUUUGAAAAAGCCCUUGAGAAGGCAAAGCUCAUCCACAACGAUGAUGCUCAGCAGGCCAUCAUUAUUGCCUUGAACGAUGUGAGCAAAAGCUUCAUCAAAGAUCUGAAAGAGAGAGAGAUGACAGCGGAUUCCCCUAAAGAUGAUGACUACAGCAGUGAGAACACAGAGGAGAGCUCCAAGAGGAACAUGGAGCGGGAGGAAAGCGAGGGCAGCGAGCUGAGCAUAGAGAGCCAGAGCAACGAGAGGCAAGAAGGGGAGCCCGGGAACGAUGAGGAGGAACCCGGGAACAACGAGGAGGAGCCCAAGAAGGACGACGAGGAACCUGUGAACAAUGAUGAGGAGCCCAAGUGGGACGAUGAGGAGCCCGGGAAUGAUGACGAGGGAACCGAACAAGCAAACGAGCAGAGCGAGAGCAGCGAGGGCGAAAAGGAGGAGCCGGGCAUGGGGGAAAUGGCAGGCGCCGGUGCGGAGCAGCGCCCGGCUGCCCCCGAGUGA